AUGCACCCCGGAGCGACACGACGACAACGGGAAUCGGCCCUACAAACGUCGAAAACUUUCACCACAAGCCAACAACAACUACAACAAUGGAGCCGACGUCUCCUCACCGACGACGAGCAAUCAUCUCUCUACUCGUUCUACAACGAAUACCAAUCAACCCGACAAGUAUGUAUCCAGGCACAUCCACUGCUCAUAUGCAGCACAGAUGGGUUGACCCUAAUGGCCGACUCGCAUCACCUCCAUCCGAGAUUAAAGCUUUAGAAAGAAGAAAGUCUGAAUCGGGAGGAAGAAGUGAAAUGAGACUUUUAUCCAACUCGGAUGAAAGGAAGACCUUCGACUCCAAUAAGCGAUCUACUUGAAAAUCGAUAUCAAACCGAAUGGCUGGAAAAUCGACGAAAGGCGGAGUUAGCUCAACUGGAUGAAGUUAAGAAGUCGAUUGCUAGCAAACGAUAUGAAACUCGAGCAUCUCUUCUCAGGAAACACUCACAACUCGAGCCUCCACCGCCAUGGCAUCUUCCAAAAUUUUCAAAGGUUCCUGGUCGCUUGGUGACGUUUCGCUCACCACAAGCCAGGGAGACUGCAAUGAAGUAUCACGCAUUCGAUGGCACAUCAAGAAAGGGAAUGUUUGGACAAGGCAUUUAUACUGCAGCUACUACGUAAUUAGCUUGACUAUACUGUAGUAUUAAAUGUUGUUCCUAUGUUGUAUGUAGUGCGACUGUGGACGUACAGAUCGUGUAGCUAGUCGAGAUCAUAUGGACAGUAGAUUUGCUUUUGGGCCUCGUAUUCUGCAUUUACACAUUGCAUGGCGCUGA